AUUUGCAUAUACUUCCGCUCCAAACUAUGCAAAUCCUGGGAACAGGAAGAGGCGUGGCCUUACUACGGGAUCUCGCUAGGGACAGUUUUCGCUGCCAUCCCUCAGGCUUGAGUUUGAGAUGACCAGCGGUUUUGGCUUGUAGACUACUCGCAUUCAGGACAAUUAGAAGGAACUCCCGGGAUGCUGCGCCGUGGGGGCCAAUCCGGAAAAGACAUAUUGAGACCAAGGCCAGUUGACCUAGCACACUUAUGAGCCGCAGAGCAGUCUGUGGUUAAGUCUCACACCCAGUUCUCCGGGAAGUCAGGCAGUCAGGCACUCAGAUGCCCAGGCUGGCUUCCCUCUAUCCUGGCAGGGUUCACCAUAUUUCGGAAUGUCUUAGUGAUUUCCUGCCUGCCCCGUAGAACAAUAGGCCUGGGGAUCACCCCCAGGAACAUGAUUUGAGAUACAAAGCAGGGACGAAUAGGGAAAGAACAGCAUUCCCUCCCAGACCUAAAGGAGGACGGACCUGUGAAGUCGCACCCAUUAUAAUAGUUUGAGUCCCAGUGCAAAACGCAAAGAGGAGCUGUCAGCAUGAAGGGCACAAUCACAACUCCCUGUAUGUGUUCAAGCCUUUCCAGCCUCCCACAGCGAAAUUUGAUUUCCUCUAUCCUUGGGGAAUCUCAUCCCACAACUCUUCAAGCAGCACUCCUGAGUUUUCCAGUUACGGUUUCUUGCUCCCUCCUCUUGACCCUCAACACUCUUCCAGCUGUGACUGCAAAGAUAAUAGGCAUAGUGACUAGUUUUGAGAAAAGGACUUCCUGUUAGCUCACAAGGACUGCAGAAGAUAAGAGAUUAUCCUUUGAGGCAGUGAGAGAAAGCCAAAGGAAGGGAAGGUGGCUAUGCUCCCCCUUCUGCCUCCUGGCUCCGUGGACCUCUGCCUACCUCAUCUGCAAUCUCCACCUUGCCCUGCCUACUCUGUGCCCCACCUAUCUCUGCCAGGUUCAAACUCUAGCAGAGACAGUUCAUUCUUCUGUUUCUUGUUGGCGAAACACAGUUUCUUCAAUAGCAGAACAGAAACUGGCCUGUAAACAGAAAUGUGGUUGGACAAGUUUCCUGCCUGGCUGAACUCUAUGGUCUGUGGACUCCUGCUUCUUCUCAUGUGUGCCCAGGCCCAGGACUCUGCCAGCCCCAUCCAGACCACAAACACAGGACAGGUGCGGGGCAGCCUUGUGCAUGUGAAGGGCACCGAUUUGGAGGUCCACACUUUCCUGGGAAUUCCCUUUGCCAAGCCACCUCUAGGACCUUUGCGGUUUGCACCCCCUGAAGCCCCUGAGCCCUGGAGUGGUGUGAGGGAUGCCUCCUCCCACCCUGCUAUGUGUCCCCAAGAUGCUGCCUUAAGUAGUCCAGAGGGUAUGAAGGUGUUUAAUGUGACCCCGCUCCCUAUACCCAUGUCUGAAGACUGCCUGUACCUCAACAUCUACACACCUGCUCAUGUCCGUGAGGGAUCUAGCCUGCCUGUGAUGGUAUGGAUCCAUGGUGGUGGGCUGAUUGUAGGCAUGGCCUCUGUGUAUGAUGGCUCCAUUCUGGCAGCUUCUGAGAAUGUGGUGGUGGUCAUAAUCCAGUAUCGCCUUGGUGUGCUGGGCUUCUUCAGCACUGGAGACCAACACGCUUCUGGAAACUGGGGCUACCUGGACCAAGUGGCUGCCCUACGCUGGGUACAGCAGAAUAUUGCUCACUUUGGAGGCAACCCUGACCGUGUCACCAUUUUUGGCGAGUCAGCAGGUGGCAUAAGCGUGUCCUCACUUGUCUUGUCCCCCAUGUCCCAAGGACUCUUCCACGCUGCCAUCAUGGAGAGUGGAGUAGCCCUGCUACCUGAUCUCAUCUCCAACUCAUCUGAAGGCAUCUCCAUGAUAGUGGCCAACCUUUCUGGUUGUGAGAAUGCUGACUCAGAGGCCAUGGUGAGAUGCCUACGUGGCAAGAGUGAAGAGGAGAUUGUGACUAUUACACAGUCCUUCAAGGUCAUCCCAUCUGUAGUGGAUGGAGUCUUCCUGCCCAGGCACCCCCAGGAGCUCCUGGCCUCUGCUGACUUUCAACCUGUCCCCAGCAUCAUCGGUAUCAACAAUGAUGAGUAUGGCUGGGGCUUGCCCAUGGUUUUUGACAUCCAGGAGAAAAUGAACAGAGAGACUCUGUUGGCUGCUCUGCAAAGCACGACAACACAGAUGAUGUUGCCUGCUGAGUUCGGUGCCCUGUUGAUGGAAGAGUAUAUGGGGGACAAUGAGGACCCCCAGACCCUUCAACUCCAGUUCCAUGAGAUGAUGGCAGAUUCCAUGUUUGUGAUUCCUGCGCUGAAAGUAGCACAUUUUCAUCGUUCCCGUGGCACUGUCUACUUCUAUGAAUUCGAACAUCCCCCCAGCUUCCUGAAAAACAUCAGGCCACCCCAUGUGAAGGCUGACCAUGCUGAUGAGGUUCCUUUUGUCUUUGGAUACUUCUUGUGGGGUAAGAAAGCUGAGUUUACUGAGGAAGAAGAGCUGCUACAUAGGAGGAUGAUGAAGUAUUGGGCCAACUUUGCACGAAAUGGGAACCCCAAUGGUGAGGGCCUGCCCCACUGGCCUGCAUUAGACAGUGAGGAGCAGUACCUGCAGCUGGACAUUGAGCCUACCGUGGGCCGUGCCCUGAAGGCCUCCAGACUGAAGUUCUGGACGGAGACCCUGCCGCAGAAGAUCCAGGAGAUGAAGGGGGCUAAGGAGGAGCACACAGAGCUGUAACUCCCUGUGUGUAGGAGAGAAGGGUGGGCCUGAGUGCAUGCAGGCCUGCCUCUGCUGCCACAUACAAACACACUCAUGCAAACAUUCAUCAACUGUCCUGCCAUCGAUUCAGCCCUCACUCAUGGAGAAUCCCCUGCAUGAUGUUCAUUGCCAAGGAUGCCUUGUGACCCUCUUACUAUUGUAUUCUCCAGUGAUAUGGCUUGUACCUAGAUGUCUCUCUCAAGCAUAAUAUGUUCAUAGCUGGGGCUUUCUAGAGGUGACUGGAUCUAGGGUAUGUGAUGCUGAGAUCAAGUAGUUGAUGCUGACAUUAAUCCAUGUUUCCAUAGUAGGAUUAAGGGUUCCCUUCCCUGGGUGUGAGCAAUUCCUCCCUAAGGGUAGGGAGCCUGGCUAGGAUAUAACAGGAGGCUUGCUACUGUCACUUGCCACUUGCUGAUGCUGAGCCUGCUGAUUUCUGCCUUUGGCCUGCGUUUAACUGUUUCUUCUCUGUGACUCCCUUCUGCCUGCGUACUAUUGUACUGAAACC